UCUUAUCUUACGUAUUUGAAGAUUUGCGUUUGUGAGAACAGAAUGACGUCAUUGGUGUUUCCCAACACGGAAGUUGUGCAGCAGAGUUUUGGAGGGGUCGAAACAGGAAAACUACCGGCUAAAUCUCAGCAGAAUGAACCGAUCUAGGGCAGUAUUUCGCGAUGUCCUUACAUUUGCGACGGAGAUGAACAAAUAUGACUCAUCAGAUGAGUGUUGACCAUGACUGAACUGAAUCCUACAUUCAGAAGAACACAAGAAUUAGUGCACUGAAGGUGUCAAGGACUCUAGAAAUAUAUUUUAAAUAUUAGUUGUAAUGUCAAACAGUGCUUCAAAUUCAAUCUUCAUAUAGCAGUAAAGACUCGAAGAGAAUCUCUCUUGCAGUCCAAAAACAAUCAUCAGUGUGCUGACUAAGUGUCACAUAAGAGUGCCUUCACAACCCUGGACAAACUUCCACAGCACAGAGGAUGGAGACAGUCCCAUACCCAUUUGGUCCUAUUUCUGAGCUGCCCUCGGAUGUGGAGACCGAUGCUGACCCCGUUCCUGGGUCCUUCAUGGUCGAAGAUGUCAGCACAGCCUCCAGUCAACCAAUGGCUGCAGAAGAAAAGACAAUGAGGUCCAGUACAAUGCUGGUCAAUGGAGAACAAGACAAAGAAGAAGAACAUAGCGGAUACUUUCACAGUGACCCAGUGCCCAUGUCUGCAGGUGCAAUGCCCCUUGACAUUAGCAGACAUGGAGUACAAAGCACUUCAUCACCUGCAAAAUUUUCAUCUUGUCCCGAUGCACGAGCACCUGUGCAGAUUUCAUCUCCUUCAAGUUCAAGUCAACAAGCCGGUGGUCCAGCAUGGGAAUCAAGAAAUCCAUCUCAACAAAUUGCCGCAAUGAAGGAGGCAGGCCAGCAUGCCCAAUCUUUCUUUCCUUCUACAGAUGAUGACGACAGGGAGAGAGCAAAAUCUACAUCCUUGCCUUAUCCUAGAGAGGAGAUGGGAUGUGAUAGUGGUCCAGAGGUAGAGGAUGAUGAAGAUGUUGAAUUUUAUGACUACUUUUUAGUUUUCUCUGAAAAAGACAAAGCGCAUGCUAAAAAAAUCAUGAAACUUUUGACCUCUCAUAAGCUAAAAGGAUGCUUGCUUGAGAAGGACUUUCCUGCUGGUGCUUCCCCCUUCAAGAAUAUUGCAGAUGCCAUAGAGAGGAGUACUUACACAGUGCUGGUGCUCACUGAGAACUUCACCAAGGACCGCUGGUGUGAGAAGAAGCUCCAGACCAGCCUUAUGGAUGCCAUAGAGGAUUCUGAGAAGUACAACCAGUGUAAUACCAAUCAUUCCCCAUCCUGAUCUGAUGCCAAGGAAGAAGCUUCCAAGUGAGCUGAAGACAGUUUCGGCAUUGGACAUGACAAACGACUACUUUGAUGAUAAGAUCAAGAAGACUUUCAAAACAAGGAAA